AUGUCUGCUCGCUCAAGCAUCGUUUGCUACUACGACGUCGUCUCCCCUUACAGUUACUAUGGAGUUAAACUCCUUCACCGCUACAAGCCUCAGUGGAAGGAUGUCGAUGUGGAGCUUCGUCCUGUCUUCUUGGCUGGUGUUCUUAGUGGAUCCAAGAACCAGCCACCAGCUAAUGUUGCUGCCAAGGGCGCGUACAUGUUCAAGGAUCUGAACAGAUUGAGCACCGUAUCGGGAAUCCCCAUGAACUUCCCCUCCAACUUCCCCGCGAUGACUGUCCCCGCCUCGCGUCUGUUGGUGGCCAUCCAGAAGACCGAGUCUGUUGCUACAUAUGAGCAAUGUGUGGAGAAGGAGGCUUACUGGGUGGAGGACAAGGAUGUCAGCCAGCAAGAGAUCCUCAUCAACGCCGUAGCUCCCAUCAUCGGCGCCGACAAGGCCAUCAAGUACAUGCAGCAAACCUCAGACAAGGAGAUCAAACAGCAAUUGAUCGACAACACCAACGAGGCGAUCGAGGCUGGUGCCUUUGGCGCACCGACGUUCGUCAUCAAGAAGGCUGGAUCUGACAAGCCCCAUUUGUUCUUUGGCUCGGAUCGCUUUGAAGUCAUUACUGCUUUCCUCGGUCUGCCUUAUGAGGGUCUUGCUAUUAAGGCUUCGCCUGCCAAGUUGUAA